AUGAAUGGAAGUGAUGAAGGUAGUACAAUAACAAUGAAUGGAACAAUCCAUCAUCAUCAAAAUACCAAUGGUAUUACUUCUUCAUCAACACUAGCAGCAACUAGUAGUGAUAAUAACAAUCAUGAUACAUUAACAAGCACUCUGAAUGAUGAUGCUAUUAUUGAAUCCACUCCAAUCAAACAAGAAAGCUUUGAUGAAAACUUGAUGAAACAAAAUUCAACAACGAGGCAACUAUUGACAAAACCAUUGUCUCUGGUUGAUUAUGAAUACUUACUCAAAUUGGAGACUGACCUUUCCAAUCAAGAAGAUAACCAUCUAGAUGAAGGAUAUUUAAAGGAUGCUGCAGAAGAUUACGACAAAUUGGGAGAUUACUGUACAAGUUAUUUUGAAUCGAAUAGUUUAGAUUUGGAGGUACAAAAACAGUUAAUAGCAGAGAAUUCAAUCGAAACUCUGACAGUAGAAGAAUCUAAAACUUUGGAAUCCAAGACAAUUUCAAAAACCCUUGAGGAAACAUUCAAUAGUAUUUGUGAUGAAUAUCUUGAUAUUAAUGUGUAUGAAGAGAUUUUAUCUCAACAAUACGAGGAGCAAAAUGAAAAGAAGAGAAAGCCAUGUGAUGGUGUUGCCAUUCAUACUUGGAAGAAUACAUUAAUAAGAGCAAAUCAACCAACCUUGUUGGUUUCUUCAUCCAUGAGAAAAAAGAAGAGAACAAAAAGGGAUGAACAAGAUAGAGGCAACUUUGAAGUUGCAUUCACUGUUCCAAUGAAUGGUUUCAAUAUUAAUAAGGUGGUUGAAAAUUUCCAGAAUUGCAUCAGUUCACACCAUCAUUUUAUAGACAAGGCCACCAAUUUGAGAAGUAAGAAGAGUUGGAUUGAAAAUAUGAAUCAAGAACAAACAGAAAUCAAAACACAAGUUGAACAAUUUUCUAAAGCUCUCAUUCAUGAAAAGUUGAACGAAACGUUGAACUCUCAAAAGAGUCACGAUACUAGAGCAACAAAUGGAACUUCAAAGCCAUCUGUAAAUAUCAAACACUCCAAAUUACAUCAAAUAUCCAAAGAUGUGGCUCAAAAGGUAAAGGAAAAACAAACCAAAUCAGUAACAGAGCUGGAUAAUACUGUGGGAGGUAUUUCAUCUGUACUUUCUGAUAGAAUGAACUCUUUUUGGAAGAAACACGAAAAGGAAAUAUCAGAAAAGAGAAAGAGAAAAAAGAAGGAAGAGGAAGAGAAGGAGGAAGCUGUAAGACAACAAAGAAAGUUAAACUUUCUCCUCUCUCAAACAGAACUCUACUCUCACUUUAUGUCCAAAAAAUCAAUCACAAGUGCUGUCACUUCUGAUGAUUCAACAGAAGAGAAUGCAGCUCAAUCAGCUCUUCAGGCAUCACAAAGACAAAAGCAAUUCACUGAAGAUUUUGAUAAGGAAAUUGAAAAGUACAGAACACAAUCAUCAAUGGAGGAUGAAAAUAUAAUUGAAGCAGGUGACGAGACCAUGCAAGAGCCAAAUAUUUUCAAUGGCUCACUUAAAAAGUACCAGUUGAAGGGUAUGAAAUGGUUGGUAUCUUUGUACGAGCAAGGUAUCAAUGGUAUUUUAGCAGAUGAAAUGGGUUUAGGUAAAACAAUUCAAACCAUUGCAUUUAUGGCCUAUCUGGCUGAAAAGAAGAGUAUUUGGGGACCAACCCUUAUCAUUACUCCUUCAUCUACACUUCACAAUUGGCAACAAGAAUUUGAAAAAUUCUGUCCAACACUUCGAGUAUUACCAUACUGGGGAGCAUUGAAGGAGAGAAAAUUGCUCAGAAAGUACUGGACCAAUCCAGAUAAGCUCUAUCAAAAAGACUCACCAUUCCAUGUUGUUGUUUCCAGUUAUGGUUUAAUAUUGGAAGAUGAAAAGUAUUUCAAAAAAGUCAAGUGGCAAUAUUUAAUUCUAGACGAAGCCCAUGCCAUUAAAUCGAGUAAGAGUUUGAGAUGGAAAACACUGUUGAGCAUGAAAUGUAGAAAUAGAAUGCUUUUAACAGGUACUCCUAUUCAAAAUAACAUGAAAGAGUUGUGGGCCUUGCUUCACUUUAUCAUGCCUUCAAUAUUCGAUUCUCAUGACGAGUUUAAUGAUUGGUUUUCGAAAGAUAUUGAAUCUCAUGCAACAAAGGAACAAGACACCAAACUUAACGAGCAACAAUUGGCCAGAUUACACAUGAUUCUCAAACCUUUCAUGUUGAGAAGAGUCAAGAAGGAUGUUGAAAGUGAAAUGGCACCAAAAACUGAGGUUGUCCUCUCGUGUGGGUUGAGUUCUCUGCAGGGAGAAACUUACUACCGUAUUAAGGACGAUUUCAAAAAAUCCUCCAAAGAUAAGAAGAAGAAGAUUGCUGUUGAUUCAACAAGCAAGUCAGCACUGAUGAAUAUUGUAAUGCAACUGAGAAAGGCAUGUAACCAUACUCAUUUAUUCAAAGAGUUUAGACAAGACACACUCUCUCCAUUCCCAUUCACCACGCCAAUAUCAUUCUUGAAGCACAUUCCAGGAAAAAUUUAUGAUGAGUGUGAAAGAUUGACCAAUCCUAUUCAAUUCCACCUUCCUAAAUUAAUUUUUAGGGAGCUGACACCACAAGGAUCUCUAGAAAUGGAAUCUAACAGUUUGAUGAUUUCAAAGAGAUUUGACUUUGUUCAUGACAUUUCAUACAUGAUAGAUACGUUUGGAACACUUCGUUACUUUUUCAAAGAUAAUUUUUGGAGAUUGUACAAACUUAGAAAUUUAAAGAAUAGAAUAGUCGAGUUCAGAGAUAGAAAGGGUGGUUUUCAAUUUUUAAUGGAUGAGUUACUAAGUGAACAAUUGAACAACCACCUCGAGAGAUGUAAUUAUCUUAUUCAAAAUAUUGAAAUUUUCUACAAAUCCAAUAGAGAUCUCCUCAAGAAACUUGGCGAGUGUUGCAUUGAAAAAGUUAUUGCACCACCAAUAGAAGUCAAAUGUUCUGAUAGAGGUUGUGAUUAUCAAAUGACACCCAUUAAGACUAGGUUCUUUAAUAAGAAGUUCUUGUACAAUAAUCAAUUUAUUUAUGAUACCUUUAACACUUCCAGAAUAUCAUUACCGAGUGUUAGCAAACUUAUUGCCGAUUCUGGAAAACUCAAAGUUUUGGAUCAAUUACUUUCGAAAUUGAAACAAGAAGGACAUAGAGUUUUAAUUUUCUGUCAAAUGACAAAAAUGAUGGACCUUUUAGAAGAGUACAUGUACAAGAGAAGAUAUACAUUCUUUAGAUUGGAUGGUUCAACAGGAAUUUCAGAAAGAAGAGACAUGGUAGAUGCCUUCCAAAAUCAACGAGUGGAUCCAGUUUUUGCAUUCCUUCUCUCCACAAAAGCUGGAGGUCUAGGUAUUACCUUAACAGCAGCAGAUACAGUCAUUUUCUAUGACAGUGAUUGGAAUCCAACAUUGGAUGCUCAAGCCAUGGAUCGUGUCCACAGAAUUGGUCAAACUAAGCCAGUUACAAUCUAUCGUUUAAUUACUAAAAACUCUGUGGAAGAGAGAAUCCUUGCCAUUGCCAAGCAAAAGAGUACCAUUCAAGAGACAGUCUACAAGGGUCAAUUCAAAAUGCAAGACAGCAAUGAAGAAGAAGCAGCUGAUGAACUUCUCGAAGAUGAGGAUGCAGUUGAGGCAGCAGUCGUAGUCGAUGAUGCAGGAGAUUUGGAUGAGAAGGAAAUCAUGUCCCUCAUUCUAGAUUAACCAAUCAGCCAACUUGAUUGCAACAACCCUCAUCAUACAUGUGUGCAUAAUUCUUUUCAAUAAUAAUAAUUAUAUUAUUACUACUCUAUUCCAAUUAUCUCCAUGAUCUCUCUUUGUAAAAUAAAAAGAAUUAUCAUUAAAAAAAA